UCAGAUCCCGUCCUCCUGUCAUUGGCGCCGCGUGCGCGAGGGCGCGCGCGCCGCCGCAUCCGCGAGACAUCCCGCGCACGCUCACCGCCCCGCGCGUGCGACUCCGGAGAUGCCCAAAGCGCCUCCCGACUGUUAUGCACUUUAAUACAAACCAGAGGGAUCUGGUAACACAAGCUGCGGGACUAUCGAUUGAUCUCCGGGUUUAGUGCAAUCCGAGGGAACUUCGCUCCCUCAUUGAGUCUUUUUCUCUUGGAUCGGAGACUAGGAUGGUUUGGUGAUGGGGGUUUUGGAGAGAAGCGCAGGAAAUCUUCCCAUUCUCUGGAAAGCGACUUUCCUCAGUAUUACAGGGAGCAAGUUUUGCGCUGAGUUAAAGCACAUCGGGAAAUAAAGCUUCAGUGGGCUGAAAGGAAUAAACAGAGAAGGGAGCGCAGUGGACACUAACGCACUUGUUCAAUACAAGGAGUUCCCCUGGAUCUUAUUGCUGUUAUUAAUAUUAUUGUUAUUAUCACUGUUUAUAUGUGCGCGCGUGUUUAUUAUUGUCAUUUGUGUCUGUCUGAGGCUGGGGAGUACACCACUGGAUUUUUGGAAGCUCUAAAACUGGAGAGGAAAACAAUCCAUAGACUUUUUGGGGGUCUGUUUGCAAUGGGGAUUCAGCUAUUGUAAGCAAAAGAGAUCAGAUGAAAAUCGUUGCUUGCUAUUUAUUAUAAAAUCUUGUAUUUAUGAAAUGGAAAAUCGGGGACUAUACGGCGUCCUUUAUUACCUGAUGCUAAAUGCGCCCCUGCUACUGUACGUAAAUGCGACAUUUACUGAAGUCCCCAAAGAUGUGACUGUCAGAGAGGGAGAUGAUAUUGAGAUGCCUUGCGCUUUUCGGGCCAGCGGAUCCACAUCUUACUCCUUGGAGAUACAGUGGUGGUAUCUUAAGGAACCUGCAGCAAGGGAACUUGCGCAUGAAUUAGCAAUUAGUGCCCCCGCAAACAGAGCUAAGGUCACUCCCAGAGACGCAACUAAAAUAAGUACUGUGAGAGUGCAAGGCAAUGACAUCUCCCACAGGCUCCGGCUUUCCAACGUAAGAAAGCUGGACGAAGGUGUCUACGAGUGCAGGGUGUCCGACUACAAUGGCGACGAGACUCAGGAACACAAAGCCCAGGCGACGUUACGAGUCACCUCCCGCUUCUCUCCUGACAUGCAGGCGGCUGAAGCCGUGUCCCACAUCAAGAGCAACGGUCCCCUCAGGAACAAUCCCGCCGGGAGAGCCACUUCUGAGCCGGGACAAGAUAAACGCCGAGUUCCGCUCCCGGCAGGCGCGGGGCCAGUCGCUAUCUCCACGACAGCGGCAGGGGCAGCUGCAUCUUCCUCAGCAUCUCCUCGACCGGGUAACGCGGCCAUCCGUCAGCAGCACGGCGCCGGUUCUGGAACCACUUUGCGCACCACAGACCCUUUCCUGUACAUUUCCCUUUUAAUCUUGCAUAGCCUUUUCUCCAUGGUAGUGAAUCACUGAUAGCCUCUGGACAAGAAAACAACAAUCCUCAAUUUUUUUUUCCACUUAUAUACCGUCUACAAAGGGAUAUAAAAGAUUCUGGAACACCAUUCUGUAGGAUAAACUAAGCAAGGAAAAAUAAGUAAACUUACAAACUGUGAUUUACUGAAGGCCUACUGCCUUGAAGCCGGAUAUAAAGGAACUAGAAGCAUGAUGAAAACAGAAUUUGUGUGAAACCAAGCUUCACGACUGUGGGAAACCUAGUGUUGCACAAAGCCAACAUUCACAAAACGAUGCAUCUCCUUUCCAAAUACUAAAGUGUCAAGCCCUGCUGUGUGCAUGGCAUCUAUUAUUUAAAUUAUUGUAAGUAAAACUAUUUUCCUUUGUAAUUUUUUUCUGCUUUAUUUUUUGCACGAACUGUUGAGCAGUUAGCCAUUCUUUUACAUGUCAAACAAAAUGAAGUACGGGAGAAAGAGAAGAAUAUUUAUGUAGAUUGUGUGUUCUAGGAUUAAUCUUUUCAGGCAUUUUAUGUUAUAUAUAAAAUAUGACCUUCUAAUAUAUUUUGAUUAAAUAAGGCACACCUUAUCAUAGUUACUAUCCACCAUCAAUAAU